UCCUCUUCGUCACAGGCUCUCCACGCCCAUUGCAUGCCAGGGACUUCACAUCAAACUUGUAACCGAAAAGUUGAAUAAGUUCAUGUCCAAGCGUAAUGGGGAGAAGAAUAAACCACCCUCAUCGCAAUAAGACUCUCUACAUUCUUCGCGGUUUACCUGGCACAGGCAAGACCGAAAAAGCACGGGACAUUAAGAGGAGGUAUGGUGGGGUGAUCAUCAGCGCAGAUGACUACCAUCGCAAUGGAAAUGGAGAAUUACAUAUCAGACCUGAGAACCUUAAUGAUGGACACAUACGGGCGCGAGAGCUGGCUCUGCAGGCUAUGGAUGAAGGGCUGGAUCCAGUCAUCAUCGACAACACCAACAUGUCAUGGCAGGAGAUGUUCCCCUAUGUAGUGAUGGGUUUUUAUCGAGGAUACUGGAUUAAAUUCAUACUAAGAAAGGAUACCUUCAAUGUUUCCCUUGAUAAAAUCGUCAGGAGGUGUCCAAAUAUUCCACGCGGGAAACUGGAAAGGAUGAAGAAGCGGUACCAGUCUGUCAAACAUGUCUAUCAGAUCCUCUGGGAUGAUGACUGUAAUUGGAAGUACAGGUCCAGCAUUGACAGCUGGAAGCCUUGAUUAGAAGGAUGUAGUGUACCUUGCAAGGGCUGUUGCAGAAGUAGAAUCAACAUUGCAGGAGAAAAAUUGUGGGGUGGGGGAUUGGGCGUCUUCAAGUAGACAGAAGUGGACAAACUGAGUUGAGAAAUUAAAAAUCCUGUUGGUCUACUGUAUUUUCUUAUUUCUGAGGAACACUUUUACUCUCUUAAACUGGAAUGUCCUACUCUGGAAUCUACUGUAUGUUAGAGUAAAGCUGAGAGUUUAAAAAUAUAGAUCUUUUUAUUUUGUAUACAUUUGUCCUUGUUUCUUUUACAUUUCUAAUAGUUCUACUGAUGACAAGCAUGUCAGUGGAAGUCAAUGAGCCACUUCUAUGGCACAUUUUUCUUUGGUCCAAUGAUGCACAAAAUUAAUUUUGAAAAAAAAGAUGUGAAAGUGUUGAAAUCGGUUGUUCGUAGG